AUGCCCAAGUUUGCAAGAGGACCAUUGGAAUUAGAAGGACUCAGAGAGGUGGAAGCCUUCCUUGCUGGACCACUUUGCACUCUCAGCCUUAACAGUCAGAUUUCACUUGGAAUUUUGAGAUAUGGAAGAGGGACAAUGAUCAAAGUUCUGGCAUCCUUUACUGUUUCUUAUAUCAUCAUAUUCCCGAUGAUGCUGACAGAAGCUAGUCACCAAAAUGUGAAUGAUAGACAUGGGAGUAUGGUGAAGGUUUAUAAUCUUGUUGCAGGACAACCCAUAGAGUUAGGUAGUCCCAACUGCAAGCAGCUGCAAUUUCAGCACUUUGGCAACGAUAGUUUCCAAUUGGAAAGUGGAGGAUACAGCAUGCACAAUGACCUUUUGCCAUCACUGGGAGCAACAAUAAACCAUACAAUCAAGCUCAGGAAGCACAUUGUUUCACCAUACGAUCCUCGUUACAGGCUAUGGGAGAAAUUCUUGAUAGUCCUGGUUCUCUACUCUGCCUGGAUCUGCCCAUUUGAAUUUGCAUUUCGGCGAUACUUGCCAAGCACAAUCUUUCUUGUGGAUAACAUCAUCAAUAGCUUUUUUGCAAUUGACAUAGUACUCACCUUCUUUGUUGCUUUUGUUGACCAUAAAUCAUAUCUUCUUGUUGAUGAACCAAAGAGAAUAGCAGUCAGGUAUCUGUCCACUUGGUUCAUCUUUGAUGCAUGUUCAACAUUUCCCUUUCAAACAAUCAGCUUCUUAUUCAAUGGACAUAGUAAAAGCCUCGGCUUCAAACUUCUCAGUGUGCUUAGACUGUGGCGUCUACAUCGUGUCAAUUCCCUGUUUGCUAGACUUGAGAAAGAUAUUCGGUUCAAUUAUUUCUGGACACGGUGCACAAAGCUUUUCUCUGUAAGCCCAGCAUUUUGUUCAUUGUUUUGCUUCAAGCAGCUGCACAAGUAUUCCUACCAUAACAUUUUUGUACUUCAGGUAACUCUUUUCGCAGUCCACUGCUCUGGAUGCUUCAACUAUAUGAUUGCUGAUAGAUAUCCCGAUCCGGAAAGAACCUGGAUAGGUGCAGUGAUACCAAACUUUAUGGAACAUAACCUGUGGGUUAGAUAUGUAACAGCAAUAUACUGGUCAAUUACAACACUAACGACUACAGGUUAUGGUGACUUACAUGCUGAAAACACAAGAGAAAUGGUAUUUGGUAUUUGCUACAUGCUCUUUAAUCUGGGGUUGACGUCUUACCUCAUUGGAAAUAUGACGAACCUUGUUGUCCACGGGACCAGUCGCACGAAAAACUUUCGGGACACCAUUCAGGCUGCUUCUGAAUUUGCGUCAAGAAAUAAGCUACCAAAACAUAUGGAGGAACAGAUGUUGUCUCACAUAUGCUUAAGAUUCAAGACAGAGGGACUCAAACAGCAAGAGACUCUUGAUGGCCUCCCAAAGGCCAUCCGCUCAAGCAUAGCCGAGUACCUAUUCUUUCCUAUUGUCCAAAAAGUAUACCUUUUCCAAGGGUUUUCCUUUAAUCUCAUUUUCCAGCUGGUGACAGAAAUGCAAGCUGAGUAUUACCCACCAAAGGAAGAUGUAAUACUGCAGAAUGAAGCCCCAGCAUAUCUAUAUAUAAUAGUAUCAGGAGCAGUGGACAUGCGAGCAUCUGCAGAUGGGGUUGAAAAGGUUCAUGGAAGGUUGACUGCAGGGGAAAUAUUUGGGGAGAUAGGAGUUCUAUGUAACAUGUCACAGCCAUUCACCAUAAGAACCACUGAGCUCACACAAAUUCUCAGACUGAACAGGACAACACUCUUCAACAUUAUUCGACAAAGUAGACAGGAUGCGACUAUUGUCAUGAAUAAUCUUUCCCAGAAUUUAAGGCUACAUGAAAGUCUAUACCCCGGAAUACAGCAAAAUGAACCUGGUGAACUUCUUAAAAGAUGGCUCGAGAGAGAUCCAUGGAAGAGGAAUGAGAACCAUGCACCAGAUGGAAAUAAUUAUCAAGUCUGCAAGCUACACACACAGGAACUUAUGGAUAAAUGUAAAAGUCCAGGCAACGCAGAAAAAAACAAGGACAAUGGCACACCCAAUGAAUUUCCAAUCGGUCAGGUCAAUGCAAAAUUAGACCAUGCAGAUCGGCACAGUGUUUUUCAUACGGUUGCACAGGAUGGAUACAAUAUAACUGCCAAUAUUUUGCUCAAACAAGAAGCAACUAUAGAAGAGGACAAAGAUAACAGGUGGACCCAAAAAGGAUUGGUUGAGAAACAUGAAAAUACAGGUAAAUUUGAGUUUUCAUCAAGUAAUGGAAGUACAAGGAGACACACUGGAGAGCAUGAAAUAGAAUUUGUUGAAAUGAAAGCAUCUGGCUAUGAAAAUGACUUUGAGAACCAUGGCAGCAGAGAAUGGAAACCCAGGUUUGGGUAUCCAAAUAUUAAUGAAUUGACGAUAGCUUCUUGUUCACAAAGUGGAAGCCACAACUUCGAGAACAAUAUCAUGAGACUAACAAGCAAAAGAGUGACCAUCCACAUGCAUUCUCAAAAGGGAAAUCCAGCAAGACAGCUAACUGCAAAGAUGAUAAACUUACCAGGAACCAUGGAGGAACUCCUCAGAAUUGGCAGUAAGUAUUAUUUGGACUGAUUUACAUGAAAGGUA